CAGCAGUCGAUCCCUCCCAUCUCUUCGAAUAUGAAGUGGAACAUCGGUAGUAUCUCAUCCUCCUCCUCAUCCUUUCUCCCGGAAUCCAGCUCUUUGCCUCCUAAUCAUCCCCCGAUCCCAUCGUCAUCCCUCUCCCCGGCCCAAUGUCCAGUCCACCCUUCUGGAUCUUCUUCCACCUCACCCGCCCGAUGUCCAGUCCCACACAAUGCAGCCCCCCAAGCCAGAUGUCCGGUCCAACAUGACAAAACCACCCUUAACCCAUUGAACAACAUGCCCCUCGAUCUGUCUCACCAACCUCAGCCUGGUCAAGCGGUUCAUUUACCAACAGACAGAACGGCAUCGACCAUCCCUCGACCGUCCGAUGCGCAUGUGGAAGGGUAUGGAGAAGGACCCGUAUGGGAUUAUCCCAGUCCUCAACAGUUCUACAAUGCUUUAGUCAGAAAAGGAUGGGCGACCCCUGAGGAUAGUGUGGAGGUAAUGGUCGAGAUACAUAAUUGGUUGAAUGAGAAAGCGUGGGAAGAGGUUAUGAGGUGGGAGAAGAGAUUACCUGGAGGAGGUAAUGCCCAAUUGGCAAGGUUCGAAGGUCGUCCUGGAGAUCUCAGUCCGAAAGCAAGGAUGCAUCUGUGGUUAUCUCAGAUCUUCCCUUCGAGGUUUAGCUCAACACCCCCUUUUGACAGACAUGAUUGGAUCGUCACCCGAUCUCCACCCACCACCACUACAGACCAAGAUCCAACAAAAGAAACCCAAAUCACCACUCGUUAUGUGAUCGAUUAUUACUCGGCUCCUCCCGAUCCCGAUGGUAAUCCCGUUUUUUCAUUGGAUGUUAGACCUGCUUUGGACAAUUGGGAGAGUAUUAGUCAACGGAUAAAGGUUCAAGUGGAAGAAUGGCUUUAUUCUGAGGAUUAAGUGAUACACCUUGUUUAAUUCCUUCACAACCAACUUAUCACCUUUUAUAUCAUCGUUUCUCGAACUCUUAACUUCUCGUAUGACUCACCUUUCCACUUCUCCAUCGAAUCUUUUAUGAUCAUGUCUAUUCUCUACUACAGGUGUGAAACAUACAGUAUCUUACUGCUGCUUGUCAUAUUUGGUUGAACAUUUUCAUAUCGAGGGAAUAUGUAUCUUUUCUCUACA